AUGGGGCAGAUUGCAUUCCAAUUUUCAGAAAGAGCACCAGGUACAUUUCCUAGCCAAACGGAACAUAAUCCAAGGGGAGGCGCAGAUUGUAAGGCAGUUCAAGUUCUACGUUCGGGUAAAAGUUAUGACAAUAGAGGUGAAAUUUGUGUUGGAAAUUCGCAGGCAGCAUCACAGCCACAAACAGAUUCAGGAAAUUUUGCAGAAUCUGAUAUUGUUACAGAUUCUAUAGAGUCUAUGGGCAGAUAUGAAAACAGUGCAAAAAUUGCUGCAGAAACUGCAGAAUGUGUUUAUGUGCCUCCAAUGCCUUAUCCCGAAAGGUUGAAGCCCACAAUUAAAGAUCAACAAUUGACACAUUUUAUGAAGACGUUGGCCAAAGUUCAUAUCAAUCUCCCAUUGAUUGAUGCAAUUAAGAACAUUCUAUCUUAUGCCAAGUUUUUAAAGGAUGUUUGCACAAAGAAAAAGAAGCUCGUGGAUUUUGAAAAAGUUAUUCUUACAGAACAGUGCAGCGCAAUUUUAUUACACAAACUGCCACCAAAGAAACAAGACCCAGGCAGUUUUACAAUUUCAUGCACAAUUGGAAAUUCUAAUUUUAAACGUGCUUUAAUUGAUUUGGGUGCCAGUAUUAAUUUAAUGCCUUUUUCUGUUUUUCAGAGACUAGGACAAGGAGAAAUCAAGCCUACAUCAGUUAUUCUACAACUGGCGGACCGUUCAGUUGCUUACCCUAGGGGAAUUAUUGAAGACCUCAUUAUUAAAGUGGAUAAUAUCUACCUUCCUGCAGAUUUUGUGGUCUUGGAUAUGGAUGAAGAUAUGCAAACACCGAUUACUUUGGGGCGUCCAUUCAUGGCUACUGCUUGA